GCCAACCAGUAGCGUGUACUUGACCAGUUGUUCAAUCAAGCAUCGAAUGACGUAAUGAUCCAUGAGGUCUUCAAAGGAAUUCAGGAUUGUUUCCCUUUCCAGGAAGGGAGGUAUGAAUACCUAAGUGACAUCCAUUUUCAUUGAAUGCGUGAUUCCUCCAUCUGCGUCGGGUAAAGAAAGUACUUGCCAGCAUCAAGCCUCAUCAUAUUCCUUCAAAUUUCAGACACCCAGCCCCCUGAAGUUCAUUCUAUCAAUAUCUUUUGCUCCUUGAAGUCAGUGUACCAUACCUACCUGAAAACAGACAGCAUGGCCAAACAGAUGAAAAGCGCGGGUAAACGCUUCAGAGAGGGGCUACAGAGCGGAAAAUGUCUCAUCGGGCCGGGGAUAUUCGACGGCAUAUCUGCGCGCGUAGCGGACUCCGUCGGGUUUGACUUCCUGUACCUCGCCGGCAGCGGAACCACGGGGUCCUACAUCGGCCAGCCGGACCUGUCGGUCAUGACGCAGACCGAGUUUGCCAACGUGGGCCAGAUGAUGGCGCAGAACACGAGCAUCCCCAUCAUCGCCGACGCCGACACGGGCUUCGGCGGCCCCAUCAACGUGCGCCGGACCAUCCAGCUGUAUGAGCACGCCGGCCUGGCAGGCUGCCACAUCGAAGACCAGGUGUUUCCCAAGCGCUGCGGGCAGCUCAAGGGCAAGGAUGUCGUGGAUUUGCAGGUGUACCUGGAACGCAUCCGGAGUGCCGUCGAGGCCCGCACCGACCCGGACUUUGUCAUCAUUGCCCGCACCGACGCGAGGCAGGCCAAGUCGUUUGGCGGGGAGAAGGCGGGUCGUGAAGCGUUUGAUGAGGGUGUCAGGCGUCUCAAGGCCGCGCUCGACGCCGGCGCUGAUAUGGCGUUUAUGGAAUCGCCGAGGACUCAGGAUGAGUGCGCGACGCUGGUGAAGGAGCUCGCGCCGCACCCUGUUCUGAUCAACGUCCUUCCCCACGGACUGACCAGAGAUUUGACGACGAACGACUGCCAGCGCCUCGGUUUUGCCGCAGCCAUCUACCCGUGUACGGGGUUCAUUCCGGCUAUGCUGGCCAUGCAGCGCUCGUAUCGUGGGCUCAAGGAGGAGGGGUCGGACCUAAAGUACUGUGAAAACCAGACUAUUGUUCAGUUCUUUGAGCAGCUCGGCCUCAAAGAGGCCUGGGAUUUUGACGAGGGGAUCGAGAGCUACUCAAAGAAGAUCGUCGAGGCAGAAAGCAAGCAGUUAGAGAGUUAAUCCCUACCUUACGUAGGUAGCCGCGGCUUGUUUUCUGUUCAUCUCGAAGCCCUCGCGGGGAUCCGUACCUUUCAGCGCCGGGCCUGCAAUGUGUCCCGCGCACAAUCUUGUGCCGGCGGUGGCAGUCUGGUGAUUGAUGGGCUUGUGUUGAAGGCGUAUAUCGCGCUGGCGAGCCAAAACUGGACCACAGGUCUCUCCGGCCACGUUGUAUCAAACUUCGAGAUCAGGCUGAAUCUCUCAGAACGUGUGGCUAGCCCAGUAUAUAAUUGUGAAUUUGUGAUUGCGAGCCUGUCUCCGUGUCAAAAGCAGUUGGAGACUUGAUGCUUAGGGCUAGACCUGUACUUACCUAGUAAAAAUGGUAUAUAAGGUAUCUACU